UUGAUAUAUUGUUGGGUACCAGGUAAGGAAGACCCCUAUUAAUUUUGGAGAAAAAUGGUGGUCAAAGGUCAAGGUCACAGUGACCGAAAAUGGAAUGAAAAUUUCAGAAAAAUUUGGUUUCCGGAUGAUAACUCAGAAAGUUUAAAUCCGAAUCAAAUGAUGCAUAACGAUAUUGUUAUGUACCAGGUAAGGAAGACCCCUAUUGAUUUUGGAGAAAAUAGGUCGAAGGUCAAGGUCACAGUGACCGAAAAUAGAUUUAAAAUUCCAAAAAAAUUUGGUUUCAGGAGGAUAACUCGAAUUUUUUUUUAAUUUGAAUCAAAUGAAACUUGGAUAUAUUGUUGGAUACCAGCAAAGCAAGGCCCCUAUUGAUUUUGGAGAAAAAAGGUCAAAAGGUGUAAAUCGAAAAGAAAAAGGGGGGGGGGACACACACGCGAUCGAGGUAAACCGUAUGACUAGUUUAGCUCUCGCGAGAGCUACCAUUUUACAGGUACACAUGUAUGUAUAUAUACAUGCACGUUCUAGCAUCGAAGAUAUGAUAAUGAAGGAGUUGAUGAUCUAGCUCAACGUACAUGCAGCUGAUUGGCAAUAACGCUCACUAAAUUCACGACAGAGUUUGAGGUUCAAGUGCCACUCGUGCAAUGACCGCGUCAGAUGAAAGGACUUGUAUUUUACUGAGUUUUACAUGCCAUUCAACACCCCCCCCCAAUAAAAAAAAAACCCGGAUCGUACACAUAUGAAUUUGUAAUUUUUCCUCGAGUGAAAUCUGCUCUGUGUGGUGAGGGAUCCUCUGAUCAAUACGCAACGAAAAAUAAUGAAAACACUGACAAGUUAUACACGUGUUCUACAAGUGGAUGAAACGACACGAAAAGUGUGUAAAAUGGAAUAGUACAUGUAUGCCUUUUUUAAAUACGAGAGUGAUAAACUUGAAAAAGAUGUUUGACUUCGAAAAAAUGUGGUAUAUCGCUCCAUGAACUCGCAACCGACCUAUAAAAGUCAUAUAUAUAUUUUUAUUUUGCAAUAUAUAUUUGUUAUUCAAAUACUUAUUAUGAAUGGAUAGAAUUUAGUUAGAAUAAAACGCACACUACCAAGCACGCAGUCAUUUUCAUGUAAUGUGCGAUGUGUGUCCUCACAAAUAGGACCUUUUUUAUUCAUCUAUUUUUUUUAUUUUUUUUUUUGAAAAUAGAAAUAUGUCUAAAAACAUACUUGUACUGAAAUAUGAUCGCUUUAUUUUGUCAAAAUUCGGUGACUUCAGAGGGAUUCACCCCCUACGCUCCCACUUUGACUUUGCCCUGGACCCGCUGUGGGCUUAAAGACAGCCUCCCCCCCCCCCCAACCUACUUCCAUCCUCUUAUUGUGCCCCUCUCCCUGUUCAGAAAUUUCAAGGUGCGCCAAUGGUUUUACCAAACACUCCACAUUCACUGUCAUGAUCAUGUGCAGGAUUGGACAAAACAAGAUGGCAGACAGCAGUUCCAAACAAAGGUAGGCUCUUAAAACUCUUCAUUUCACCGACUUAUUAGACGACGAAUUUAUGAAUUUAAAACACUGCCUGACCAGGUAGGCAUCAUUAAGUUGAUUGGUUGUUGGAAUUCUUACUCAUGUACACGUACAACUCUAAAUUCAUUGAUCGAAGUUGACGAUGUUGCCUCGAUAGAACUCGAAGAGGGCGAAGAUGUUUCUAAUCAUGUUUUCAUGCGUUUUAAGAAAUUUGAACCAGUUUAUGCAAUUUAUCCCUUAAAUCGCCUUGGUUAAAUAUAUAUCUUGACUUGAACAUUUGCUAAUGUGCAUGAGAGUCGAGGGUCAUUCGGAUGAGACCUUAUAUGAUACGCUAUAAAGAAUUGCCAUUGCGACGUGGUUGUGCGCGCUAUGCAAAUCUCGAAAGGAGACGAGUUGCACAGGCCCCAGCACUUCCCACGGUUGCUCGUUUACAAAAUUGUGGAAAAUAGAAUAAAUGGAAAAAAAUAUGAGUCCUCUAUAAAAGAAUUUUUUAAAAGUCGUUUUGAUAAAGACGAUGAAACGUUUUGAUAAUCAUUAAUAUAUAUACUCUGCAAGUUAGAUAGUAUUUUAGUAGGGCUAUAUAGAGACCGUGGAUAUCUGCCUGGGAAACACAGCGAUUAGAGCACAUGACUAGUAAUACAGGGGUCCCGGGUUCGAUUCCCGGUCUAGCCAUAGAUUUUCUCCUCUCUUCUAUAUACUACAGGUGGUGUCGUUGAUUAUCCCUGCACUGCAGGUUGUUCUGUCAGGGGCGAAAAGAAUCUGGGUUGCGUGUGUCUUCGAGGGUGAAGACAAAAUUAAGGAAGGAGGAAUGUAGUAGUUAGGGAUAUACUGAUCGUGGAUAUCAGCUUGGCUAUUUUAGUGGUUAGAGCACCUGACUAGUUGUGCAGGGUUCCCGGGUUCGAUUCCCGGUCCAGUUUUCUCCUCUCUCCUAUACUACAGGACCAUUGCACAGGCACCUGAAGUGUGGAUAGCUUGUAUAGAUCUUAUGUAACCCCCCCCCCUCCCCUCUAGAAUGAAAUUAUUUUAUACAAAACCAAAAAUUUAUCCAAAAUAUUUUAUUUCCCCACCGAUCACCCUCAUAAGUCGUUCUGAAUAAUCAGUUUCUACCUUCUGUAAGCUUUUGAGAUGACCACUUUUGGGACAUUAUGUAAAGGUGUGCAACAAAUCUCUCACAUGUGGUCAUCUCAUUUAAGCUUACAGAAGGUAGAAACUGACUAUUCAGAACGACUUGUGAGGGUGAUCGGUGAGGAAAUAACAUAUUUUGGAUAAAUUUUUGGUUCUGUAUAAAAUAAUUUCAUUCUAAGGGGGGGGGGGGGGGGGGGUUACAUAAGAUCUAUACCAGCUAGCCACACUUUAGAUGCCUGUUAAUCAUUGUACAUAGAAGAUUCAUAUUUUGUUUUAUUUUCCACAAGACAAGCCCCAGCAAUUGUCACUGUUUUGGGGAAAUAAAAAUAAAGUAAAUAAACAACAGAAAAACCGCAACGAGUAUCCAAAAAGAAAAAAGAAAAAAAAAAAAAAAAAAAAAGAGGCUAUUAUGCUCGGGAUCGGAAAGCGAAAUUUACAAUAAAUUCUCCCUCGAAAGUUGUAUUUCCGGUUCAUAUCAAAGGUCACUCAAGCGUUGUAAUCUAUCCGUACUGUCAUCUGUUGGGGAUAAAUUUCACCCAAAUUAGCGAUAAUGUGAUGGAUUCGCACUUCUAAGGAGGGGUGUAGAAAGACACCACCAUUUUCAAGUCUCGGAGAACAAUGAUGUGCAGAACGAAAGCUUCGUCACAUUGAACAGGAAGUGACAUCAUGGGUUUUGGGGUGGCCGUUGCGUGGAAGUUGUAACAUGGCCAUGUUGAGGAGUGUGUUUGGUGGUUGUGUUUCUGAUCGAAGCUCCGAGACCAUGCGUCUUAAAAAGUUGAAAUUCGGUGCCCCGAUAUCUACAGCGCUGAAGAAUGGCUACCUUCCCAUCCCACUGAUGGAACUUCUGGUGUAUAUCGCCCAUGAAGGAAUGAACACCGCUGAUUUGUUUCGUCGACCUGGAAACCCUCGCGACACCCGACGUAUUGUCAAAAGGAUGUCUGAAGGCAAACCCGUAAUCUUCCAGAAUUAUAAUCUGUACACACUAACAACAGUCGUCAAGAAGUUCCUUUUGCGGAUCCCUGGUGGAAUUUUUGGGACGGAAGGGGAGGCCACUCUUCUAUCUGUUCUGUCACUGCAGCACAAGAUGGAACAGUAUGAAGCAGUCCAUGCAUUCCUGAUUUCGCUGAGCCGUGGUCAUCAGCAGCUGGUGGCAUUACUCUUUGGGAUCUGGUUCACCAUGAUCAAUAACAGUCACGUUAACUUCAUGACAACCGAGGCCUUAGCCCGAAGCGUAGCCGGCAGCAUGUUUCACUCCUGUGCUACAGAUCCAGCGAUGGUGGAACAUGCGAGCCAGGUGAUGCAGAUUCUGAUCGAGAACUUUGGUGUGGCCAGCAUGUUUGGGCAGGAGAACAUUGAAUUCUUUGCUGAGACCACCAGAACAAGCAUUCAUAUCAAAGAAAAAUUCCGCUAUCACUUCCAGUAUCCUACGGAGGAAAUCCUACCUCGGAGAGAGGCAUUAAAAUGGUUUUGUUUAUUUCUGUGUCAAGAGGCACAGAACAAAAAGUUCCACCCCGUUAAACACGCUAUAACUGAGGAAAGUUUUUACGAGUCGGCAUCUCGACGACUGGACCAGGAAAGGGAAGAUAUGGAAACGUCGGACCAGUCCCCGGAUUUGCGACAUUACCUCAGUCCUCGUGGAGAUGGAGAAUCAGCCACCAGACAACUUGCUGCAUCCACUAUUUCUGCUCCAGAGGUAUCGCUAGUUCCCUCCCCUGGGGUCAUCAGCAGGAGACCAAAGUCACUAGAGGACAACCUAAAUGAUACAGACGACCUGCUACAACCCCGGCCCAGCCUAAGUCGAUUUAAUUCGGUGAAGCGUAAACAACUGGAGCGACUCCGACAACGUUCGGACUGGUUUUUAGGACCAAAUACAAACAAUCAGGGGACAUCAGCAUUAUCACCCGAUCAAAGCUCCCACUCGGGCUCCAGAGCCUCGUGCAACACAGAUAAAUUUUACCCUAAAAUGUCAGGAAAUUCCGUGACAAAAGCCUCCUCAGAGGGCACUGCCCUUGACUUUGUGUCGUCGGAUGUAGACAGUGUGUUCUCGGAUCGGAGCGAGUCACCCGCGUCUGAGCCGCUGCCCACACCGAGCGUAAUCAUCACCCGUGAUAUCAUUCACAGCGACACCAUUACCGACGUCUCCAUGGCAACAGGUGACGUGACGAUGGAGGAGCUGACACCUGGGAAGGACAAUGAGGGGGACUUAUGUGGCUCAGAGUACUGCUUUUUUGUUGUAGAACACAAUUAUGGCGACAAGGGUUCCUAGCGUCAGCACACUUUGGAACUCCUCAGCUUUUAUCCAAACAAGCAGCUAAAUCCACGUCACGAGAUACAUUGCAAUACUUGUUUGUUUCCUUUUUUUUUUUUUGUAUUGUGUAAUAAAGCACCUGUAACUUACAUGAACAUUUUGUAGGAGAAAUUGUGCGCAAUUGUCAGCUUAUAUCAUCAUUAUGAAUUUUUUCUUUUUUAAUGUUUGAGAAAACCCUGUACUUUUUGAAGGGUUUAUCGCAAGAUGAAGUGUGUGAAACAACCCCUCAUCCAGUGGCUGUUGUAUUGGUACCAUAUUGUAGUCUUAUUUAUAUGAUUGACACUUUUGUAUUUGUUUUGCAUUAUAUUCAGUUUAUUUUGUUUGACAAUCUGCCCCAGUCCUGCUGUGUGACAAGUCACCUAUUUUGUGGGGUUUUUUUUGGCCCCCAUCCCCACCCCCCUUCUGCCUGACCACUUCUCUGAGGCCUGCUGACCAAGGUCCACUCAUGCCAGGGCCAGACAUUGAACAACACAAAGCUUUUACUAAUUCAGGUGUUUUAAAUGGAUUUUAUUGGUUGUUUUACAGUUUGUCCUUAUUUAUUUAGAUUUUUGCAUUUUGUAAAUCUUGAAAUGGAACAAAAUUUAAACAAGAGCAAGAAUUUCUCUAUCUACAGGAUAGCCUCUAAUGAAUACUAGUGACUUUUAACUAUGUGUUAUUUCUCAUGACACCUGCAGAUGAGGGCCCAAGAUAACCUUGCUUUUAAUGCAUCAUUUUAUCAAAGAGGACCACAAGGAAGCAGAUUUAAAAUGACUAUGUAAUGGAUUUGUAAUACUGAACUGCUCGUAAUUUAGUGACACUAUCGUCUUUGUAAUUAAAGUGGCGCCAUCUUUAACUGGUGAUGCAGUUGAUUUAACCUCAUGUGUUCACUGACUUAAUGUCCAGAACAAAUGAUAAUUUUUACGUUUCUUGGUUUUUGGGUCAUGAUUUGAAAUCAAUGUGCAGUCAGAGCAAUAUCAAACUUCAUUCCAAUUUUGGAAGUUUAUGUUCUAUUUACUGUACAAAUUGGAUGAAAAGGUAGACAGCUUUUCUUUUUAAGUUGAAACAUUCGAUGAAAUUCAUUUCGAUGCCUUAGAAAUUGUAGAUCCUGCCAGGAGUGUAGAAACGUAUGUCCUGUGAUUAACUACAAGGACUUUAUCUGAGAUUCAGGUGUUCAAUUGUAAAUAUAGUCAAAUCUUGAAUUCGAUCGGACUGAGAAAAAACAUCGAGAUAUCAGAGGAUUCGCGAGGGUAAAAUACUUGGAGAAUAAGUAGUUGGGACUUCUGUAUCACUUCGACAUACCCAUGGUAUUGGAGAUAUCGGUGUUUACAUAUCCAUGGUAUUGGAGAUAUCGGUGUUUACAUAUCCAUGGUAUUGGAGAUAUCGGUGUUUACAUAUCCAUGGUAUUGGAGAUAUCGGUGUUUACAUAUCCAUGGUAUUGGAGAUAUCGGUGUUUACAUAUCCAUGGUAUUGGAGAUAUCGGUGUUUACAUAUCCAUGGUAUUGGAGAUAUCGGUGUUUACAUAUCCAUGGUAUUGGAGGUAUCGGUGUUUACAUAUCCAUGGUAUUGGAGAUAUCGGUGUUUACAUAUCCAUGGUAUUGGAGAUAUCGGUGUUUACAUAUCCAUGGUAUUGGAGAUAUCGGUGUUUACAUAUCCAUGGUAUUGGAGAUAUCGGUGUUUGAGAUACUGAACUUCAACUGCAUUCUGUCUUUACAAUAGAGGUUUGUGAAUGUGAGAUAGACAUGGCUGAAAGGUGUAUCUAUAGUAACAUUCAUUCACCCCGCUGAUAGAGCGGUAUAGUCUAAUGUAACAAGAGGCCUUAGUAAAUGAUUUGUUGUUAAAAAGUUAUUUAACGUGACAAGCUGAAGGGCUGAAAAUAAGUCAUUGAAAAUCGGUAGCUGAAAAAGUAGCAGCAAGUCGCAGUUGGUUUGGAAGACAGAUUGACAGACAGACAGAUUGACCGACAGACAAGACUGUGAUCAUUUACAUUGCAAGGAUCUUUGACAACAGUCUGUAGAUAUUUUUUUUUCAAAACUAUAAAUUUUGACAGGUACUGAAAAUGGAUGUUGAACAUAAACUUUUGUUUGUUCCAGCUGAGAUGAUUUUUUGCUAGUCCCAUUGUAAUGUCUUUUGACUGAAUUUAGAUGUUUGUUAUAUUUUGUGUUUGUAAUAAAGCUUUAAGUUGUCAUCACCAUUUUAUGUGUAUAUAUGUACUAGCUUCAAUUGCCCAUCUAGUCUAGUCCGCUAAUGCAGGACUUCAUAUUUCUUAAAGUAGAACUCAGAUGUGACUAAAAUUAAAACUUAUGUGGAGUGGGGAUAUUUUUUAUUUUUAGCAUGAACAACCCCAUUGGUCUUCAGUAUUUCUGUUAUAUAAUGAAUUUUUAAACGUUUUAUCCGAGUGCAAUCAGAAUUCAUGAAGUCAUCAUUACUUUAUAUAAUCGCAGUGUUUUUAUUUCUAGUGAUACAAUUCAGCAUUUUAUAAAGAAUUUUUUCAUAUAAUGUGCAAUUUUUUAAGAAAACAUGAACUGUCUCAUAAAGUGUUAGAACUAUACCUGCCGUUAUGUUUAGUUAAGAGAAAGAUUGUCCCUAUGUUUAUUUACAGAUGCUGAUAUGCUAUAUAGAUGUCCCCUUUAACUUUAUUUUUAUUUGUAAUGCUGCAUCGUAGUUUCCUUUGGUUGAGUUUUAUGAAGAAAUAUUCAAACAGUGUGUUGAUGCUAGUGUACCUAUGUGUAUUUUCAAUGUCUCUGAUAAAUAUGAAACAUCAACAGAGAACAAGAUGGAGAUGAAGUGUUGUGUUUUUAUUUUUUGUAAGAUGAUUAGUCAUUCCUUUGUUAUGUGACAAUAAGUUAAGCAGAUGUAUUUCAGUGCAAUAAGCAUAUUCUUUGUAGUGUUUAAUUUUUGUUAUUAGAGUGGACCUUUUUAUUUGUACAUGUAGUACUAUGUGCUUUUAAGCAGUGAAUAAUAGCCACACGUCUAGCUUCUUCAAUGAAUGCUUUAUGUCUAUUUCAAUGCUGUACAUCUAGCUAAAUACUAUCCGUCUAGCUCCCUCUAUGAAUGCCGUAUGUCUAGCUCAUUGCUGGACAUGUGGCUCCCUCUAUGAAUGCUGUACGUGUGGCUCCCUCUAUGAAUGUUGUACGUGUGGCUCAUUGCUGUAUGUGUGGCUCCCUAUAUGAAUGCUGUACGUGUGGCUCCCUCUAUGAAAUUCAUACAACGUACAGUCUAGCUCUUUCUAUGAUGGCUGCUUUGGUUAUUCCUUAUGUGUACUGUUUCAACAUACAAGUCCAAUGGUUUUUAUAAAAGUUUGUAGAUAGUUAAAAAUAAUGUCAUGAUGUUUGCACUCAAAAUAAUUAUGGACUUCUCUGGAGUAGUGAAUGUCUGGAAAAACUCGAGUUUUUGACCGACAUAGUUAACUGAAAAAUUGCAGUGGACUUGAAAUGUCGAGUCAAGUUGUUUGUGUUGAAUGUAAGGUCAUGUGACAUACAAAUGUUAUGUGUACAUUGGUUCACAACUUUCAUUUAUGCAUAAUAUUUCUUUCAUAAUAUUUUUUUCAUUCGUUCAUGAAUAAAUUAUAACAGAA